AAUGGCAAGCAAUUAUAAAUACACAUGUGGUUCCCCUCUUUCUGUAAUAUUAUCCUUGACGAUAAUAACUUCAAAGACUUAGCAUAGAUCGAUCGAAAAGAGAAGAGGGAGAGAGAUAUGGGUAAAGAGAAUAAUGGCUCUCUUGAACAUACCCCAACAUGGGCUGUUUCUAUAUUUGCUUUAUUUUUCUUCCUUCUAUCUUUUGCCAUUGAUGGUGGUCUUAAUUGUCUUAACAAGUUUCUUAGGAAAAGGAAAAGAAAAUCUCUGAAUAGAGCUCUGGAAAAGCUCAAGACAGAAAUGAUGAAGAUGGGUUUGAUAUCAUUGCUACUGACGGUAUCUGAAGUACCAAUAUCAAAAAUCUGUGUAAGCCAAACACUGGCUAACUCUUUUCUCCCAUGCGAAGAUCCUUCUGAGUCUACAACAACAGCUGUCUCGUCACAAUAUGAAUCUAACUCCAAUACCACAACCUUCUUCUCCGAUGCCACAAUUACCUCUGAAAAUUACUGCGAGUCAAAGGGGAUGGUUUCUCUGAUUUCAAGAGAUGGAGCAUUUCAGCUAAACAUUUUCGUUUCUGUAUUGGCAGUGUCUCAUGUCCUUUACUGCCUCGUAACAAUGUUUCUUGGCAUGGCCAAGAUGAAGAAAUGGAAAGCGUGGGAAAGUGAGACUCAGACUCUCGAGUAUCAAAUAGCCAAUGAUCCAAGGAGGUUCCAGUAUAGUGAUCAAACUACUUUUGGGAAACGACAUUUGAAGUUCUGGAGUAAAUACCCACUUUUGCUUGGCCCAGUUUGUUUGGUUCGACAGUUUAUUGGCUCAGCAAUCUCAAAAGCUGACUACUUCACUCUUCGGAAUGGAUUCAUUACGGCCAACUUUGCUGAAGGCAGCUACUUCAACUUCCAACAAUUUCUUGCCAGAGCCUAUGAUGAUGAUUUUGAACAAGUGGUUGGAGUCAGAUUUUGGAUCUGGAUUUUCUGCAUUCUUUUCAUAUUCUCCAGCGCCCAUGUGUUUUACAACCAUUACUGGCUACCUUUCAUUCCUCUAGGGAUUGCUCUGAUUGUGGGAGCAAAGCUACAAGUCAUAAUAACCAAAAUGUGUGUGGAGACUCACAAGGAAAAUCCCGUCAUUCGAGGAAGUUUCGUUGUGAAACCAAACGAUGAUCUUUUCUGGUUUGGUCGACCCGAUUGGCUUCUUCAUCUCAUCCAAUUCAUCCUAAUCCAGAACUCGUUUCAGCUAGCAUUCUUCACUUGGACAUGGUUUGAGUAUGGUCAAAAAUCAUGCUUUCAUCGCGCAACUGAGGACUUGACUAUCACACUUUCCAUGGGAGUUCUAGUGCAGUUACUUUGUGGUUAUGUCACCUUACCUCUCUAUGCACUAGUUACUCAGAUGGGUUCUGGCAUGAAGAGAGCAGUGUUCACAGAGAGCGUGGCGAAGGGGCUCCGGAGCUGGCUGAGGAACGCAAGAAGAAAUACUUCGAAGAACAGCUCCACUUCAAGCCCAAGACGCUCGUCGUUUUCGUUGCACUCGGACACGAUUACUGACAUCUCCAUAUCUGACGAACGAAUACACAAACACAUUCGUUCUAGGUCUACAGAAAUCACAGAAGAGGAAACAACUUCGACUCCAUGCGAGUUGGUCGGGACUGAAAAUAAACUAGGCACAAGCACUCCAAAAAUAACGAGUAGUGUAGUAGAAGAAAUGAAUAGUAAUCCGAAGGUCGUCACCAGAGGAAUCUAUGACGGUGAGAUUUCGUUCGGAAGUAGCUGGAAGAAAGUGGAACUUAGACAGGACAGUGGAGAAAUCACUUCCAUAGCCGAGGAAGAAGAAGCCUCUGUUAUGUUGUAACCAACUUUCAGCUAAUGAUAUGGAAAUUAAAUAA